UCACCAACAUGUAUUAGUAGAAGACAUUAUGCUUUCUUCCAGUACUGGUCGGGUGAAGACAAGGGUUGUCAGAGAUUGAACCACUCUUGAUAAGGACUUGAGGAGAAAAGUCUCAGUGGGUAGAAUUCAGGUGAGACUACAAAGAAGAAAGUUUGGAAACUUCAAACCUGAUCCUACAAAGACAUGUCAUCAGAAUACACAGAGUUUGAAGGAAUCUUGUUCUACCCAUUUUACAGUGUAAAGAACCUCAAAUUUUGUCAGGAAGAGUUUAUGGUGAAGGAUACUGAUGUCAUUCUUGUAACCUACCCCAAGUCAGGAACCCAUUGGGUUAUAGAGAUAGUCAGCCUGAUCCGCAGUAAAGGAGACAACACCUGGGUCCAAUCCAUCCCUAUUUGGAAUCGGUCCCCAUGGAUAGAAACAGACCAAGGCCAGCUGUUGCUUUCCAAAAAAGAACAAAAUGGACCCCGGUUUUACAGCAGUCACCUACCCAUCCAGUUGUUCCCCAAAUCCUAUUUCCACAGCAAGGCCAAGAUAAUUUACAUCAUGCGGAACCCCAAAGACGUGGUUGUUUCUCUUUAUUAUUUCUCAAAAGUGGCUAAAUUUUUCCACACUGCAGAAAGUUUUUCCCAGAUGUUUGAGAAGUUCACUCAAGGAACUGUGCCAUUUGGAUCCUGGUUUGACCACACCUGUGGCUGGCUAUCCUUGAGAGAGAAAGAAAACUUCCUAAUUUUGACCUAUGAGGAACUUCUGCAAGAUCUUUGGGGAAAUGUGGAGAAGAUUUGUCACUUCCUGGGAACAAAGUUGACGGAGGAAGAAAUCAACUUAGUGAUAAAGAAUGCUUCCUUGUCUGCCAUGAAAGCCAACAAAAUGUCCAACUAUUCAGUUGUGUCUGAUGAGUUUAUAGAUCUCAGCCAAGGAAGCGUGUUAAGAAAGGGAAUUGCUGGAGACUGGAAAAACCACUUCACAGUAGCUCAAAGUGAAGCCUUUGACAAACUUUUCCAGGAGAGGAUGGCAGAGCUGGACCAAAGGCUGUUCCCCUGGGAGCAGUGAGGAGGGGCUGACAACUUGAUGUUACCUUUGAUUCUACACAGGACAGAACCAGGUGUGUCCAUGGACUCAACCUAGACCACAUCAUCCAUCUUGACCAGACAAGAUCACAAUACCUAGCCAAUCAGAAAGCAGCACUGUUGGGAUGUAGUGCAGGAUGCUUGACCACCAAACCAUAAAAGGGGCCUACCCUAAGAUAGCACCUGAGCAGUAAUAGUAAAGAAUUGACCUAUAAUGAACUUAUGAUGUAGAGAGUCUUAUUUUAAUAUCAUUUUCAUACAUACAUGCUCCCCCAUUUGGGGUUUCUUAUAUACAUUGUCAGUAACUGCAUGCACAGUCUCAUAGAGGCUGGGACCCCUUCCCCAUUACCUAAUCCCUUAACAAACACCUCCUCCCCUUUUCAUGUUACUUACAUUCCUAUGUUCUAUGUAAAUAUUGAUUGUAUUAUCAGCAUCAUAUACGCUAUAAAAUUGUCUGUCUUGCCUUACUGGAGUUGCUAAUUCCUCUAAUGAACUUGGCCAUUCACCAGACUGUGAAACCUCAAAACCAUAAGAAAUCUUUCUAACUGGCUUGAA